UUAUACACACAAGCAGAUGAACUUGAAUAUAACUGAUUUGUCGAGCUGGACAGAGAGAUCAAGCAUAUUUCUGUUAUCUGAUAACGGUAAUUCAAGUGCAUGCAGGUUUGUAGUCUAGAUCCAGUUACUUGCACGAACUCAUCUACAGAAAACCCCAAAGAUGGCAGCCAGACAGUCACCAGUGACAGUAGGAAGUCGACUACCGGGUCCUAGGACCUCAACAAUAACACCGUCUCGUUCAUCCAUACCCCGGGUCACUUCGGUGGCCAGGAGGUCCUCACCUCUAGUAUCUAGGCUGUCGUUAGUGGGCACUAGGACUUCUACUAGGCUACCAACCAGUGGUGCCACUCGAACUCGAACACCUACUAGUACCGGGGCUGUGAGGAAGACCACUACCAGCACCACGAGAACAAAUGUAACUGUCUCUACUAGAAUCAGCUCAGUAGCUAUUACAGUAUCGUCUACAUCUACAAGACGACCUACAGGCAGAUCUCAACAAGAUUCCUCUACAUCAGCCUCCAUUCCUCCAGCAACCAAUACACUGUCUCCAUCGGGCAUAAUAAAAGAAUCUUCAAAGAACGAGAUAGUCACUCGGCGCAGAUCGGCACGUCUACAGGCAUUAUCUGCAGCCGGCCAACACAUGUCAAUGGGUCCAGAAAUAAAUGUUGUCUACUGCCCGAUAUGUUUCGAGAGCAUCAAGAAAUUGGGCCGCCGCAUCAUGGCUACUGCUUGUGGCCACGUCUUCUGUAAUGAAUGUCUCUCUGCGGCAGCUGCGGCCGUUACAGGCAACCUAAGUUGUCCUAUCUGCCAGCAGACUGUAGAAUUCAAGAAUCUCAGAGAGAUUUUCGUUUAAGUUCAUACAUUUUUAAAAUUUCAGUUCUUUUAUGGCUUAUAAUAAGCAUGCAUGUUCUAAACGUUACUUGUACGUAUGCUGUAUCUUGUAAACUCUAUUCAGUUACACUGAAAGCCGAGUAUAUAUAUAUAUAAUAAUAACAUUAUUUUAAUUAAUAAUUAAAGUUCGUUAAAACAGUCUGAGAGAAGACCUAUCCUCAAUUUUCAGAUACAAUAUUUUAAUUUCAAAUAAUUUAUUUUAAUUAGCUAGACUUACUUAAAUUUGGAAAAUGUUAAAAAUGUAAAACAACAUUCGUAAUUAAAAUACUUGUAAUGUG